AUGGAUAGCAGCUUCAAUAGUAAAGUUGACCUAGCUCUAACGCGAGAACUGAAACCACUUCUAAUUACAUUUGAAAAGGCAAAAGAAUGGGAAUGAAGCGAUCUAAUUCGCUGGCUGAAGUCAGUUAAGCAUCUCCUAGACCAUCAUAAGAGUGAAGCAAUACCUGAAAAGUUUACGCUCGCCAAACGUCUUCAGCAAUGCUUGAAUCCCGCACUACCACAAGGGCUUCAUCUUAUAACACUAAGUAUAUAUGACACUAUUUUAGAAGAGCGACAAAACUUCGAAACCUUAACCUUUUUCUCAACUGGAUUUUUGCCUUUCUUUGAAUACGCGUCAUCGGAAAACCAAAAAGCAGUGGUCAGACUAGCAAAGCAGUUCUUACAUUUGGAUCCUGCAAUCAGUUUGAGAAAUGCUUUGAUUGGAAUUGUUACACCGCUGCUGCCAGGACUUGAAGAAGGGACUUCUAAUCAAGAUGUUGAAAGAGAAGUGAUGAACUUAUUUGAUGCUUUUGCUGAAAAAGAUAAAUUUGGGCUUUUUCAAGCAAUUUGGCAUGCACUUUUAAAGACCAGCCGCGCAAGAUUAGGAGCUUUAAAUUAUUUAACAAAAAGGAUUCCUAAGGAUUCCAGAAUUAUUAUAGAAUUUAUGCCAGAAAAAACAAUGCUGCUAAGUGCAUUAGCUGCUGGCAUACAUAGUGAAAACAUUUUGGUGCAGCGAGCAACAAUUGAUUUGCUGAUAAGCCAUUUUCCAAUACUCCAAAAUGAAGGGGUUUUUAUACUUGAAGAAAAAAGAUCGAUUUUAGAACUGUUAUUUAGGCUACUCGCUAAAAGAGACUCAACCUUGACAAGGAGAAUUUGGGAAUAUGUCCAUUUAGGGGAAAGUUUGCCAUCUGAAGAAAUUUUUGAAAAUAUUAAAGAAGAAUACAUCGUACCCACCUUAAAAGCAAUUUUAGAAGCAAAAGUCGAUUUAUCUGGAAUUUCAACCCAGGAGCAAAUCAGCAAGGUCAUUGAGCCGCUAGUAAUUGCGGAGGCUGCGCUUGAUAAAGAUAAUUUAGGCACUUUGUUGUUAAGAGAUAUUUCUGUGAGCUUGAUUUCUAAUGUAAAAAACCAUAAAGAUCAAGAAAUUUAUGGAAAAGAGGUAUGUGAGAAAUUUUCAACAAUGCUGAGAAGCGAUCUAUGUGUAAAUAAUGUGAAAUUAAUAUGGCAAGCUCUAGCUGAUUCUCUUGAAGAGAACUGCAUUGGAGAGGUUGGGGACAUUAUGGAUGUUAUUUAUUUCUACAUCACCAAUUUCCCAAUCAGUCAAAAAAGCUAUGAGUGUAUGGUCCCGAUCCUUGAUAUUUUAUAUACAAAUAUGCAUAGACUCCACAAUUCUUUGAGCACCUCUUUAAAGAUCGUUCAGAUUUUAUUAAGCAAAACUGAAAUUACAGUUGACAUCCAAAACUCAAUAUCAUGCUUCUAUAGAUUUUACGUGGAGUUUUCAAAAAAUGCAGAAAUUCCACUAAAAGACCUUAAACGAGCCUCAUUAAUUGCGUUUACAUUAGCUCGUCAUGGGACUCCUGAAUUCGGCUGGCUAAGCUGCAUAAUCAAUUUCAUAACAAGCAAUAAGGAUGUUGAAAAAUCCUUAAUGGGGAUCGAAAUUGCUAUAAAUCUAUUAAAAGAAAACUUAGAGCCCUACAAAAAUUUCCUUCAAAGCGAGCUUGGCGGCCUUGAAGAUUUCUUCUUUAAGCAGCUUUGGCAGUUUCUCGACCAGUCUAAAAAGCGAAAAAAAAUUGUGAAGCUUAUAUGGAAGCUUUCUGACCCAAUAACCUAUAUUCUCCAGGCUAUCCAAAACAAUCUUGCGUUAUCAAAGCUAAACCCUCCAAAUGAAGUCAAACCAAGAAUUGAUACACUUAACCGUCUAAAUGUGGUAUGGAAUAUUACCAGAAACCUCAAUAAAAACGAACUAAAUGAGCUAUUCUCGCGCGAAUGCAUUUUAUUAAUUUUAGACAAGCUUGAAGACCCUCAUCCAGCAGUGAAGCACGCAGCUAAAAAUUUCUUAAAAAACGCUUCCCCAGAAUUUUCAUUAUUUAUUGACCCAUUGUAUGAAUCGCUGCUUUAUACAGGGAUUUCUCCUUUGUACCCUCCAAUCUCAUAUUCCUUCAAAAUCUUUAAAAUCCUCUUGUCAGCAAAUUGCUUUGCUUAUCAAAAUAUUGAAAAAAUGACAUUGGGAGAGAAAAUGCAAGAUCUGUGGCUUGAGUAUAGAAGAAACAUAGUGAAUUCUGAAGAUGUUGCAACCUAUGCAGAUUUAUUGACUGAAAUUUGUGUUAAUUAUUUAGUAAGCCCUGCUGCGAAUAGAAAAGACAGAGAAAGCCAAGGCGCAGCUGGGGAAGUGAUAGAGCUGAUUUUAAGUUAUGGGGAUCGAGAACUCGCUUACAGAUGUGUUUUCAGAAUUAUGAGGUCCCUUAAAAAAAUAUUUGAAGCAAAAGAUGGAGUUAUGCAAUUAGUUUACUUGAAUAUUUUGAACCAAAUUUUGUAUAACUGCAGGAUAGAGACUAAUAAAGACAGAUGCAAGGCUUUAUUAUCUAUAAAUUUCAUAUCAAUUUUAGAAGAUGAUAACUUUUUGACAGGACAAGAUGAAUACGUCAGAAACCACUGGGUCAGCUUUUUGAUAAAAUCAUUAGACUUCGUCUCUGAAAGAAUAGAUUAUGAUACGUUUAUCAAAAUGGCUUCAAUUGUUAUAGAAAAACUGUGCGCACAAAUAGAAAUAAGUGUUAAUAAAAAGCAUCUGCUAUUAGGAAUUACAGCUUACUUGCAUUAUGGUCUCAGUAUAUCAAAGCCUGAUGCUUUCGCUAUUUCAGAGCCAGACCCUCAUUCAGUGGCAAGAGAAUCGUUUUUUGAAGGAAUGUUUAAAAGACUAUUAGGCAGUGAUUCAGUCCCUGUUAUUAUUGCUGCUAUAAGAAUUUCUCAAGAAAUGUUUAAAGAAUUCGAAAAAGUCUUGGAGUGCUGCUUAUUGUGCAUAAGUGAUUACGAUUGUGAAGAUAUUAAGGCUAAAGGGGUAAAUAUUUUUACAGCUGUAAAAGGAAAGCCAAUUGAGGAUAAAGUCAUUAAAAAAUUACUAGACCCAAUUAUGAUAUCCAGGACUUAUGAGCUGAUUAGGGCUUCAAUAGCGAUUUGGAUCAGCCGAUCUGCAGCUGAAGUUGACCCAAUCCCAAGAACUGACCAAGAUUUAAUCAAAGUUUUAUAUAAUUUUAUCUCAAAUGAGCAUAUUUUUAUUAGAAACUAUAUAACAACAUAAUAAUUAUGACUAGGAUAAGAAUAUUGACCGCUCUAGAUACCCCUCUUGAUGUGGUUUUAGAAGCUAUUUUUAAGUACCUAAUCGAUGAUUUGAAGCUAGGAAGUGGGAAUUACCGAAAAAAUUCAGGCUUAAAUAGAAGCCAAUAUGAAUCAGUAGCCCACUUUAUUUACUCUCUAUUGAGUUUUUACACCAAAGAAAAAUUCGAAUCGAUCUCUAAAGAGCCAAACAUUGUAUGGAAUGAAGCUUUAAGGUUAUUGCGAAUACUAGAUACAUCAGAAAUCAACUCUAUUUCGCUUUGGAUAUUAGAAAUAACUUAUUUAUUAUUUAUUUCUAAUAAAAUAGUCAUAAUUUUUUUCUUAUAUUUGAUUAGCACAGAUUCAUUAUAAAUUUUAUAAUAAAACGUGUAGGGAUUGACUAUGUUAUGUCAGGAGACAAAUCAUUUGCGAAGGGUAUCAGAGAUUUGAUGCAAAAAUUAAUGAAUCAGGUAGUAGGAUACUGCAUGAUUAAUGAAGAGCUAGACAUUGAAUACCCAUUCCCUCCAUCUGCCUAUGAAACUGAUAAAAUUUCAGCACCACUUACAUUAUGUUCACUGUUAACCCUCAAGAAAACCCUAUACGAGAUUUCUAAGGCUAUAUGGAAAGAUAAUCCAGAAAAGAUCGCUAGCCAAAUCCAAUACAACACAGGAGUGGCAUUAAAAACUUUGACAAGUAAAACUAGCAAUUUGGAUGUUGAUAUCAUGACUGACCUCUUAUAUUCUUUAUUGGAAUCUGGAGGGAGACGUUUAGCAAAUGCCUAUAAGAAUUUAAUUCUCGACCAUAUAGCUUCGAAUGAAUUUUUCUCAUUGAUGAAGUCGAGGAAAAUAUGUCUUAAACAUUGGUGCCAAAUUAUAAAACUUAUUUCUUACCAAUGCUAUGAAGAUAAUAAAGAGCAACUGAUCAAAGAAGUUCUUACUCCCCUCUGUGAGCAAGCAAAGCUGUGGGACAAGCCUUUAUUAUGAGAAAAUAAGCAAGCAAAAAAUUUUAAAAAUAUUUGGUAUAUUAGUGAUAAUAAUUAUAAAGGAAAACUCUAGCUAAUUGAAUUGAUUUUUAAAAAAGCUUUAUAAAUUAUAUAAAUUAAAUUAAUAUUUACUUUCGGAUUUUUGAAAUUUGGAAUUUUUUAAAUUAAAAAAAAUAAAUCCCUCCGUUAGUUAUAUAAAACUUUUUUGCUUGGGAGUUAAAAGAAUAAAUAAAUAUAACAGAUCAAAAAUCCUUAAAAGCAUGAUUUUUGUGGUCUAUAGUGGAGACAUUGACGAUUACAAUGCAGCAUUAAAUACAAUAAGCGAAUUUUUGAAUGAAUUCCUACGAGUUGACAAAGAAUCAAUCUCAACAGUGUUUUUCUGCAUCAGAGUGCUAUUAGUAAAAUUAUCGCCUCAGCUAUUAAACGAUAUAUGGCCAAGAAUCUGGCCCCAUACUUUAACUGAACUUUUGCAAAUUCUUGAAGCAAAUUCAAAAAUCCCUAACUGCUUAGCAGCAUUGAAGUUGAUUGACACCAUGAUUGUUUUAAAUAUCCAAGAAUUUAUUAUGCAUCAAUUUAUUUUCUUCUAUGAUUCUACAGCCUGCUAUGACUGUUUAGAUGAAUUUGAUGAAGGAAAAGAUGAGUAUGUGCCCAUUAUUCCUAGGAAAUAUACAAGAGCUCCAAAGACCAUCAAAAUGAUGGAAGUCAAGCAAAAUAUUGAGGCAGUCGAAAAAAGAGUCCUUACUAUGAAUGUCAAAGCUAUAGAUCAAAACGAACUAGAUAUUAAGGCAAAAGCUCUUGCGAGAGAAAUUGUCAGACUAAGCCAAGUAAGAGCAAUUCCAGAUGAUAAAAACAUCAAAAACUCUAUAGAAGAUGACUUUUUAUCAGACAAUUAUUAA